CUCAGAUGGUGGACUUCGGACGCUAUCUCCAAAGGCUCAUUUUUCAGAGAACCUCCUCGCCUGAUCCUCACAACGGACGCCAGCUUGACAGGUUGGGGGGCCCAUCUCCUUCAUCAUAUGGCCCAGGGUCAGUGGUCCCGGCUAGAACGCCGCAACAACAUCAAUUAUCUAGAACUGCGUGCGGUUCGACUAGCUCUCCUUCGGUUCCAAUCUCUUGUGGAGGGCAAGGACGUCCUUGUUCUAACCGACAACAUGGCCACGAAGGCUCAUAUAAACAAAAUGGGGGGCACUCAUUCCAGGGCCCUGCUAGCAGAAACGGUCCUCCUUGGUCGGUGGGCCGAGACGCAUCUCACCUCACUGAAGGCGGAUCACAUAUCAGGGACAACCAACCUCCAAGCGGAUGCCCUCAGCCGCUCUCGAUUGGAUCACGGGGAGUGGAGCCUUCCUCUCCCUCUAUUCCACAACAUCACGGACCGCUUCGGCCUCCCAGUAGUAGACCUCUUUGCCUCGAGCCAGAACAACAGGCUCCCAAGGUUCUUCUCUCGCUUUCCGGAUCCCCAGGCCGAGGCCACGGAUGCUCUCCGCACCCCGUGGCCAACAGGACUCCUAUAUGCCUUCCCCCCUCUACCUCUCAUCCCCCGGGUUCUCCGGAAGAUGUUGGACGAAAGAGCGGAACUCAUCCUAAUUGCACCACACUGGCCCCGCAGACCUUGGUAUGCGGAUCUUCUGUCGCUGUCAAUAGCACCUCACUGGUGCAUUCCGGACUCCAGGAUAUUACUCACUCAAGGGGCUCUACAUCAUCCAGAUCCCGCUUGGCUCCAUCUAACCGCCUGGAGGCUGAGCGGUUCCUCUUAGGGGAAGCCAGGAUCCCUACCAGAGUGAUUUCCACGAUGCAGGCGGCUCGCCGACCGUCUACUUCACGUAUUUAUGAAGCUACGUGGCAAUCAUUUUCUAAGUGGUGCAGACGCUCCUCCAUUGAUCCACUGUCAGCUUCUGUUCUGCAAGUCCUUUGCUUUCUUCAAGACGGGUUUGAUUCCGGCUUGACUCCAAAUACACUGCGACGUCAAGUGGCAGCCAUCGCUUCUAUUCUAUCCUGCAAUUCUCCAGAUUCCAUCGCUCGUCACCCUCACAUUCGCAUCUUCCUUCGGGGGGCGGUCAACCUCCGUCCUCCCCCAAUUCAUCGCUACCCUACAUGGAACCUCAACAAGGUUCUGAAUGCCUUAACUCUGUCUCCGUUCGAGCCCCUCCGUCAAGUGUCCCUCCGCUUUUUGUCAUUCAAGGUGGCCUUCCUCGUUGCCAUCACCUCAGCACGCCGGAUCUCCGAGCUGGCAUCCCUAUCAAUCCGCAGCGACCUCUGCAUUUUUCAUACUGACAGGGUGGUCCUCCGCCUUGAUCCGGCAUUCCUACCCAAAAUCAACUCUAGAUUCCACCGAGCUCAAGAGCUCGUGCUACCGGAUUUUUGCCCGCGGCCGGGGCAUCGAUUGGAAAGAUCUUGGCAUCUCCUCGACGUUCGUAGAGCAUUAAAGAUUUACAUCUCUCGGACGGCCCCCCUCCGUAGAACGGAGGCCCUCUUCGUAUCUUUUCAACCUGCUUCCAUCGGUGCCAGAGUCUCCAGUGUCACCAUAGGGCGUUGGAUCAGGGCCACUAUCGCCACAGCAUAUCAACAGCAACAUCUCCCAGUUCCGCCUCGCAUCACGGCCCACUCGACUAGGAGCGCCGCCACGUCAGCGGCUUGGGCCACCCAAGCUACUCUGGAGGAGGUUUGCCGGGCGGCAACGUGGACGUCGAUCUCUCCAUUCAUUCGACAUUACCGGGUGGACUCCUUCGCCUCUGCAGACGCUGCCUUUGGUCGCCGGGUCCUGCAGGAGGUGCUUCGUUCAUAGAAGCCGGCGGGCCGGAGUUCCCUCCCUGGUGACACCUAGCUUUGGAAGACACGACGGUCUGCGCCAUGGCCCUCGCCGAAACACUGGAGAAGAGGGCGGAGCUAUUCAAAUUAGUGCAGACCCGGUCAUCGCUGGAUAAAGGA